GGAGUUGGAGGCUUAGAGAGACUGAGCAAAGGCGAGGUUGUUUGGACUCUGCUCUAGCUUGAGCCACCCUUCAGAAGUCUGUGGAGUUUGGCUUUCUACUGAUGGAUCCUGGUGACUGUUGGCUUGGUGACCCCUCAUAAUGGUGCUCUCUCAGCAAAGAUUCACCAGUCCUGGGUCACCAAGAAGCCCAGAAGAGUCUGAAGUGAAGAUAUUUUGCUCUAAAAACAUAUUGGGCAUCCUUGGCUUCUCCUCUGUCAUCGCUGUGAUAGCACUGCUCGCUCUGGGGCUGACCCAGAACAAACCACUGCCAGAAAAUGUUAAGUUUGGGAUUGUGCUGGAUGCGGGCUCUUCUCACACGAAUUUGUACAUCUAUAAGUGGCCAGCAGAAAAGGAGAAUGACACAGGGGUGGUGACUCAGAUAGAAGAGUGCAAGGUAAAAGGUCCUGGAAUCUCAGAAUUUGCUCAAAAAUUAAGUGAAAUAGACAUUUAUCUGACUGCAUGCAUGGAAAGAGCCAGGAAAGUGAUUCCAACAUCCCAGCACACAGAGACACCUGUUUACUUGGGAGCCACGGCAGGCAUGCGGUUGCUCAGGAUGGAAAAUGAACGGUUGGCAGACAAGAUCCUGGCUGCGGUGGCAAACAGCAUCAGCAGCUACCCCUUUGACUUCCAGGGUGCCAGAAUCAUCACUGGCCAAGAGGAAGGUGCCUAUGGCUGGAUUACUAUCAACUAUCUGCUGGACAGAUUCACUCAGAAAUUGAGUUGGUUUAACCUGAAACCAAGUGAAGGCGAUACUCAGGAAACCUAUGGAGCUUUAGACCUUGGGGGAGCCUCUACACAAAUCACUUUUGUGCCUCAAAACGAAACGACUGAGUCUUCUAACAACACUCUGCACUUUCGCCUCUAUGGCAAGAACUACGGUGUAUACACACACAGCUUCUUGUGCUAUGGGAAGGAUCAAGCCCUCUUGCAGAAACUGUCCAAGGACCUUCAGGGUACAAAUGGAACCAUCCAUGACCCAUGCUUUCACUCUGGAUACCGGAGGAAAAUGAACAUGAGUGACCUUUAUGAGGCUCCCUGCACCAGGAGAUUUGAGGCAACUUUUCCAUUUCUUGCAUUCCCUGAAGUUGAAAUCCGUGGCACUGGAAACUAUCGACAAUGCCGGCGAAGCAUUCUUCAACUCUUUAACACCAGUUACUGCCCUUACUCCAGCUGUUCCUUCAAUGGGAUUUUCUUGCCACCCCUCCAAGGGAAUUUCGGGGCAUUUUCAGCUUUUUACUAUGUGAUGGAGUUUUUAAACCUUACAUCAGAGGAAGAGUCAACUGAUAAAAAGAUGAUUAACACGUUGGAAAAGUUCUGCUCUCAGCCUUGGGAAGAGCUGCAGAUGUAUUUUGGUGAAGUGAAGGAGAAGUACCUGAGUGAAUACUGCUUUUCUGGCACCUACAUCCUGGCUCUUCUUCUGAAUGGCUAUCAUUUUACAGCUGAGUCCUGGAAGAAUAUUCACUUCAUGGGCAAGGUCCGGAGCACCAGCGUGGGGUGGACUUUGGGCUACAUGCUGAACCUGACCAACAUGAUCCCAUCUGAAGAGCCACUGUCCACACCUCUCUCCCACUCCACAUAUGUCUUCCUCAUGGUCCUCUUCUCCCUGAUCCUGGUCAUAGUGGUCAUAAUAGGCAUAUUUAUCUUUCACAAGCCUUCGUAUUUCUGGAAAGACAUGGUAUAGCAGGAACAGCUGAAAUCUGCUGGCUGGAGUGAGAAGAAAACUUGCCCAGGGAGCACUUUCCUCCACAGUGGUGUACAAGGCCAGUCUUGACCAGCAUGAAGCUUCCUUGGCUUUUGCUGAAGCCUUUCCAUGGGAGGUAUUUACCACCCACUGCCUCAAGAACUUCCUGGCAGACAUUGUCUCUUUUGUGAGUCUCUCCAAACUCCCCCCCUUUCUCUUUUGUACUCUGUGCUUGUGUAGCUCUUGAAGACCUGCCUCCUUUCAUGAUAGUUGCUUUAUAAAAGAACAAUAUUGACUUUAUCCA